AGCGGCAAGCUACAAACCGGAAGUGCAAAUUGAAGUUUCGUAAAUGCGGUGUGAUUGUGUUUUCAUGGUCUCGUUUUCUGUGAACGACUGUUAUACUUUAUGAAGUUUAUUACCAAGCCCACAUCGUAAUGGAUAACAGGAGACGACACAGAGAAUCUCCUGCCCGGGAUGUAAAGAUUAAAAUCAAGCAGGAACAAGAGAGUCCCGGGCGGCCUCCGCGGUCACGCCGAUCCGCUUCGGGAUCCAGCCGCGGCAGCAGCAGUCCUCUACCGAGAAGACGAAACAGCAGAUCGCCUGUCAGAAGAAAGGAAAGAUCACCAGCGAGAAGAGACCGUUCAUCAGGCAGACAGCACGAAAGGUCACCUCGACCCCGCAGAAGUAGAAGCCCACACCGCGGAACUGACGCAAGGAUAAAGCGGGAACAAGAGGAUCACAGAGGAGCCGAAAGUCAUAGGCAUCGCGAGAGAAGGGAUGAUUCAAAUGAUCGCAGGGUAAAAAGAGAAGAAGAGCGACCACGGCAAAGAGAGCGAGACCGAGAACAGGAGAGACAUAGGGGAAGAACAAGAGAUGCCCACAUACAACAGCAUCAGCAAGCUGAGAGGGACCAACAUAAUGAACGCCGGCGAGAGAAUCGCCUCAGACGAGAGGCUCAAGGUGGCAGCGGUGAUGAGGCAGCUGGUGACCCUGAUUCUGCCCCGGCUGUUGAGAAAGAUAUGCCAAACUUUGAACUAUCAGGUGCCUUGGUGGAAGACACCAAUACAUUCAGGGGGGUGGUGAUCAAGUAUAAUGAGCCGCCUGAGGCACGUAUCCCUAAAAGAAGGUGGCGCUUGUACCCCUUUAAAAAUGAUGAGCCGCUGCCAGUCAUGUAUAUUCACAGACAGAGUGCAUAUCUACUUGGACGACAAAGGAAAAUAGCAGACAUUCCUAUCGACCACCCUUCUUGUUCCAAACAGCAUGCUGUGUUACAGUACAGAUUAGUGGAGUUCACACGGGCAGAUGGCACCUCAGGCAGAAGAGUAAAGCCAUACAUCAUUGAUCUGGGCUCUGGUAAUGGCACCUAUCUGAACAACCAGCGGAUGGACUCCCAGCGUUACUAUGAGCUCAAAGAAAAAGAUGUGCUGAAAUUUGGCUUUAGCAGUAGGGAGUAUGUGCUCCUUCAUGAGUUUUCUGACACAGCUGAGGUUGAUGCUAAGAGGGAGGAUGAAGACGAGGAAGAUGAAGGCCUUGAUGAGUAGUUCUUACCCAGCAUUUACCAAAGUAUCCGUUUUAUUCUGGGAUCCUUAAAAGGAACAGGUUGGACAUGAACUGCUAACUGAUUUAUAAUUUCUUUUAGGACAAUGAAACAGUUGUGCUUCGUCCUGCCCAAUGUGUCUGUAUAAUUAAAAUCUCAGGUGGAUAGGUUUUGUAUCGUCCGGCAUUUUUCUGUCAAACUGUGUAAAGUGUCGUACUGCAAAAAAAGUGCUCGAUGCCUCUAGUUAUUCGAUUUCUUAAAAGAUAUAUUUUGGAUACUCCUGAGUUCGUGAACAGUAUGUCCAAAUAUGGUUACUGUAAAUAUAUUGGAUGCAUUUGAUGUGAGUGCUUGUUUUAUGAGUUUUAGUUAAGUUUAUACAUUAGUAGUUUCCUUCUAAGUCAAAUCAAUUUACCAGCACUCACAGAGCAAACAAGCAUAAUUGUGAUUGUUCAGAUAAAACAGACUGUCUGAAUAUUGUCUGUAUAUAACAAGUCUGUAUAUUGUUAUACUUUAGAUGCCAUCUUUAGACAUUUUCUAUUCUCUCACAGUACCUUGAUGUUUUGUAUUGUUUAAUAAAGAUGGAUCAUAA